AUGAUUUUUUUUUUAAACUUCAUACUCAUAGCAGGACAAAGAUCAAAAGCCACAGAUGCCACGGUCCACUACAGCUUCGACUACAGCCAACAGGUGUUCUAUCCUCAACAGGCACAGGCAGUGGGUCCGAUGUACUUUAAAACUCCUCGAAAAUGUCAAUGCUUUGGGGUGUGCUGUGAGUCUUCAGGAACGCAGAUAUUUUAUCUCGUUGAUGAGGCCUUUCAGUCCAUUGGAAAAGGGGCCAAUAGUGUGACCUCAAUGCUGCACCACCACUUUAGCCAUCUUGGUUAUGGAGAGAGGAAUGUGGUCCUUCAUAUGGACAACUGUUCGGGGCAAAACAAGAAUAACGCGGUCAUAGGGUACGGCAUGUGGCGGGUUCUUACAGGCCUGCACGACUCUAUUGAGUUCAGCACCAUGGAGGCCAGUGGCAGCGACACUGAGGGAACGAAGUCUGAUCCGUGCUUGACAAGCAAAGUUCUGAUAAACGUUGGAUCUAGGAAUGAUCAAUGCUUGGUGACAGACUUUCCACUUAACGAACGGCCGUGUGAUCAGUAUCUGGACCAAGAUUGGUACAGGACUGACGAUGGCGUGAUACGCACAAAAGCUCCUGUUGACGGCAAUUGCGGGGCUGAUGCUGCGGCUUGGCUUAAAGAUGCGCUCCCCGCUGUGUCCGAUGGUGUUGCUAAUAGGACAAUAUGCAUACGGGAAGGAUCCAACAACUGUGAAGGGGAGUUCAGCAUUGAAAUAAAGAAUUGCGGCUUAUUUUUCGUAUAUUAUCUACUACCAAUUCAAAAUAUAUUCAAUUGCCCAGCUGCGUACUGCUUCGAUUCGUCUUUACCAUGUACAACAUCAAUGACGACUACAUCGACGACUACAACUACAAAAACACAAACCGGAAGUACAAGUACGGAUGAAAAUAACUUAACACUCAUUGUCUGCUUAGCCGUCAUUUUGCCAGUAGCGGUGCUUGCGGUGAUCACUGUCUUAAUAGCUCGAGUAUUGUGGAAGAAACCGGUAGAGCCAACGAACGGCAAAGCUGAAGAAAAUGCAAAUAUACAAAUACCAUAUACUACUACUACUUCUACUACUACAACAACAACGCCAACAACAACUACUACUACUACUACUACUUCUGCUACCACUACUACUACUACUGACACGGCGGGCAAGAAAAGUCCACAAAAAGAAGAACUACAGGGCGGAUGCUCGAAUCGCCUUCAUUUUCACACGAAUCCCCUUCAUUUUCCCACACGACUAUGACCUUAAUAAAGAACGUGAUGAUCUAAAAAAAUGAUACUGACACGGUGUACAACAAUAAUAAAUUAUCUUAGUUAUAUCGCAAUAUUUCUAACAGAUGCAAAAACACAGUUAUACCAUAUAUUUUUAAAGAAUAAAUUACAUAAUA